AUGCUCUCCAUUUCCUUUAACAAGGUGCACCGUCAAACGGUGUUUUACUUGUAUCGACUGCUUUUGCGAAAUACGCUGCGGUGCCAGAACCUUGAUGAGUCCACAAGAGAGCACUGGAUUGCUCGAAUACAAAGACGAUUUCGAAACCAGAUCAAAAACGACGAUAUACUACAGGUCCAGCACCAGAUAAAUGAGGCGCUGAGUCACAACGAGAAGCUGCUUGCCGCCAACGAGGGAGACCAGACGUGUUUGGACGAGCUGGUUACACGGGCAGGCACACAUAAGAAGCCCAAGCUUCCAGACUCGCUGACUCUAAGAAAAGUGGUCAAUAGAGAAGUGGCUGCCAGAGCGCUGGAACAGGAGAUUGCGAGAGAAAAACGCCAGCUGGCGAGCUGGAUGAAGACGUACAUCGAGAAACAGCAGCAGCGAAAUGCCUUGCCGUCCAAGAGCGAGCUGGACCCGAAAUAUGUGAACACUAUUUUACGGUCCAAGGUGUUGUACGAACGUGCCAAAAGAGACUUUCGAAUUCUGGACGAAAAGUACUCGCGACCGUCCACUGCGCGAGUGAAAAGCGUGACGGGGACGCUGAACUCUCUGUCUGUGAUUAGCACGCCGUGGAACGAGCAUAUUCAUGUCACUGGAAGAAGAGGCAUUUAUUUGCAACGGACGCGGCAUCAGGAGUAUGUGGACGAGCUGAACAAGUACAAGGACUGGGAGCGCAUGUGGAAACAGUGGCAUGAAAGAGAACAGGAGUGGGAGGACCUGGUGACGGGGAAGAAGGGACACGAAUGGCUCAUAGUUGGAAACGAGUGGAAGAAAAAUCUGACAGCACGAGGAAUCCAGGUGGAGGAAGAUACCAUGUUCCACAACAAGCUGUCACAGGUGCUGUUCAAGAAGAUGAAGCCGGAGUUUGACGAGAUAUGGACAAAGAGCGGCAACAACUUGAAGCGACUUAAAAAAGUGCUGGUAGCAGAGGGGAUAGGGCCAUACACGGACGUGGUUGACGAGUCUCUAGGGAGUCUGAUGCGUCAGCACGGGUUCAAGUCGUCGAGCAGACUCAAACGACUGAAUAUAGAGUAG